AUGCGUGGAUGCGGCACCGCACAUCAGAGCAUUUGCAGGGGUUUGAAAGGGGAUGCGCACACCGACACUGUAAUCCCGAAGAUGGGAACCUGGACGCCCAUGAACGUCAAGCAGCAGAGUGUCUUCCUGGAGCGGCAUAAGUUGACGAAUGAUUCGUUUAACUGGAAUAUGUACUUUCAGGAGUCGCUCGCUCACCAGAUCUGCGACCUGAUCAACAUUACGUGGGUGACCUGGCUUGUCUCGUUCUUGCUCCUGCUCCCCAUGGUGUUCUAUAAGAUCUUCAUUGCUACAGACGCAGCCAAGACUCCAGCAUACAUCAACGGUUUCCUCUUUACGACAAUUUUUUUUUGUCUACUCACUUUGGCCACUGUGGUUAAGAUCAGGCUUCUCCGUGGAAAACUGUACGUAGCCGUGAACCGGUACCUAAAAACGCAUCGCCCAGAUGAAAUGGACGAGGACAGCGAAGACGAGGACAGCGAUGUUGAUGAUUUGGAUGACGUUGAGGAGCCCCUGCAAUGGUGGAGCGACUUCAUGGCGUGGCUCAUGCAGUUUGAGUCUCUGAGUGUGUGCUUCCUCCUGGGCAUGUACGUCAUGCACCUCACGUACAACCUGAAAGUCUACAAAGACGAAUUGAGCUAUGGUGUGUGGUGGUACCAUCUCGGCUUCCUGGCCCCGCUCCUAUUCUCGUUGUUGGUGUUGUUCCCCUUGGGCUUGGUGGAGCUGACGACCGUCCAAGCUUUUUCCGCGCCCGACCAGGAGGUGCUCCACACAAUCGUCUCCGAGGUUCGCCAGGCUCACACAGACCUCGUCUUCAUCCAGAACAAGGUCACGGGCUUGACGCAGGGCAAGGCGAAGACACUGCUGCUCAAUGCGAACGGUGGUGACGAUACUGUUAAGAGGAUGGACUUGAUGAGCCUCUUGGUCUCGAUCGACGUACACCUGACGAAGGAGCGCGCCCUGGGCAUCUUCGACCUCGUGGACCAGGAGCACGAGGCCACUAACGUCUCUCGUGGAAAGACCAUGCAGCUGAAGGUGAGGAACUGCCUCGAAGACGCCAUAGACACCCAAGUCCCCAUCGACGAUUUGCUGGACAGCGCCCGCAAGGCGAAGAUGGACGGCGAGCAGGGUAAAGAGGCGUGA